CCCAACACAACAGCGAAGUCUCCGGGCAACAGAACUCCGAUCAGUUCGUUGUAAACUCACUUCCAGUACUAACGCUGGCCCUGUAGAUAAACCUGUCCACGUAAGAGGCAGAAGAUUGGUUCUGAGGAAUGGCGAACCACUUCGAAGAGUUCAAGGCCAAGAUGGAGGCAGCGGGCCUCAGCGCGGCUGCCAUUGCGGCCUUUAAAAAGAAUUAUGACCAACUGGUGGCCGGUGUGACAGGCAUGGUGCCUGAAGAUGAGAUUGACAGCGCUACCGGUCUGCCCUCACUGCUCGACCUUCCAAGCGUGUCACCUUCGGAGGCCAAGACUUUGCUGUCCCAGACUGCCGUACUGAAGCUGAAUGGCGGUUUGGGCACCAGCAUGGGCCUGGAGAAGGCCAAGUCGCUGCUGGUGGUGAAGGACGGAAAGACCUUUCUGGACCUCAUCGCCGAGCAGGUCAAGCACAUGCGCAAGUCGUACGGCUCUGACGUCAUCUUCACCCUCAUGAACAGCUUCUCCACCAGCGCCGACACGCGAGCCUUCCUGAGCGAGAAACACCCGGACCUGCUGCUGGAGCCGUUUAUCGAGCUGAUGCAGAACAUGUCCCCCAAGGUGGAUGCCGCCACCAACAAACCCGCCACCUACCCCCCACAUCCCGACAAUGAGUGGUGCCCCCCUGGCCACGGCGACAUCUACCCCUCCCUACUUGGGUCCGGCAUGUUGGACAAACUGAUCGACAAGGGCAUCAAGUACCUGUUCGUUUCCAACUCCGACAACCUUGGAGCCACUUUGGAUCUGGAUCUCCUCAACUACUUCGCCACGUCCAAAAACGCCUUUCUGAUGGAGGUCUGUGAGCGCACCGCCGCCGACAAGAAGGGCGGUCACCUAUGUGUCCGCCGUACAGAUGGCAGGUUGAUGCUGCGGGAGAGCGCCAUGUGCCCGGACGCGGACAAGAAGUCCUUUGAAGACAUUGCGAAACAUAGGUAUUUCAACACCAACAACUUGUGGGUAUCCCUGGAGCAGCUGAAGGCCACCCUGGAGCGGUCCGGAGGGGCUCUGGACCUGCCGCUCAUCAAGAACAAGAAGACGGUCAACCCGCGGGACGGGAAGUCGGCCGCCGUGUUCCAGUUGGAGACGGCCAUGGGGUCCGCCAUCGAGUGCUUCGAUAGCGCAGGUGCCAUCGUGGUUCCCCGCUCUCGUUUCGCUCCCGUCAAGACCUGCUCGGACUUGUUCGUACUGCGCUCGGACGCGUACGUCAUCGCGGAAGACGCAACCGUGGCUGUUGCGCCCUCCCUGCUGCAGUCGGGGGGUGCCGUACCACUCGUUAAAUUGGACGAUGCGUACUACAAGUUGGUAGAUCAACUAGAGGCGCUGGCUUCCGACGUGCCCAGCCUCAUCGCGGCCAAGUCCGUAACCGUCAAAGGCCCCGUCAAGUUCUCGCCGGGUAUCGUCCUGAGCGGCGAUGUGAGUCUGGAGGCUGAGGGCGGCUCCCCCUCCCCCGCGCUGCUACCGCCCGGGGAGUACUCGGGAGACGUCAAGGUCGGACUCAGCGCAGUGGCACCCGCCUAGGCGGGGAGGGGGGUGUUCGGGAGGGGAGGGGAGAGGAGGGGGGAUAGCGGCGUACCAGUUGGCGCGGGUGUGAAUGAUAGCGGUUUGUGGUUGGCGGUUGACGCUUGUACUUGUGGUUGUGUGUGUAUGUGUAUUUUAACGUGUGUGUAUUGAACGUGUGUGUAUUGAACGUGUGUGUAUUGAACGUGUGGGUAUCCCGGGUGUUGUGCUCCCGGAGAUGAAUGCACAGCGCCGGCAGCAGCAUGGUCAUGUGCUCAAAACCCACAACGGGGGGGCCGGUCCAUAAACCUCACAGCUCCGAGAGCAUAUUCUGUGUAGUGUGGAUAGGUACAUGAGUUGCCUGCAUAAACUGUGUAUUACUGUUUAGUAUGCGUUCACGCGAGUUAUAAAUAUAUGUAUAUGGAGGAGUCACUGUGCAUAAUCGAGUAUUACGAGAGUACAUGUGUGUAUGGUUCAUUUAUGGUUAGUUUGUGAGUUUAUUAAUUAAAAAAGCUUGGAUCGUA